AUGUCCGCCCGCUGCUGCGCCGGCCAGUUGGCCUGCUGCUGCGGUACUGCUGCUUGUUCCUUGUGCUGCAAAUGCUGCCCCAAGAUAAAACAAUCAACCAGCACCCGCUUCAUGUAUGCGCUUUACUUCAUCCUGGUGACCAUCAUCUGCUGUGUCAUGAUGUCUACAACAGUAGCUAAUGAAAUGAAAACUCAUAUUCCCUUCUACAAACAGAUGUGCCAGGGUAUUCAGGCGGGUGAGAUGUGUGAGAAGUUGGUGGGAUACUCUGCAGUGUACAAAGUCUGUUUUGGAAUGGCCUGUUUCUUCUUUUUAUUCUUCUUGUUCACCAUCAAAAUUAACAACAGCAAAAGCUGCCGAGCAUACAUUCAUAAUGGAUUCUGGCUUAUUAAACUUAUAGUUCUGGCAGCCAUGUGCUCAGGAGCCUUCUUCAUUCCUGAUCAGGACACUUUCCUCAAUGCCUGGCGCUACGUGGGAGCAACAGGAGGGUUCCUUUUUAUUGCCAUUCAGCUCAUCCUGCUGGUUGAGUUUGCACACAAGUGGAAUAAAAAUUGGACUGCAGGUGCAAACCACAAGCAGAUGUGGAAUGGUUUGCUUGCCUUGGUCACUCUCAUGCUGUACUCUGUUGCUGUGGCUGCCCUGCUCCUCAUGGCUCUUUUCUACACGCGCUCAGAGGGCUGCAUGUACAACAAGGUCCUGAUUGGGGUGAACGGGGGCCUGUGCCUCUUUGUGUCCCUGGUGGCCAUAUCACCCUGUGUCCAGAACCGCCAGCCCCAUUCUGGCUUGCUGCAGUCAGGAGUUAUCAGCUGCUAUGUCAUGUACCUCACUUUCUCAGCACUGUCCAGCAAACCACCAGAAACUAUCCUGGAUGAAAACAACCGGAAUAUCACAAUCUGUGUACCUGAAUUCAGCCAAGGCCUGCACAGAGAUGAAAAUCUGGUUACUGGCUUAGGUACUACAAUUCUGUUUGGCUGCAUUUUAUAUUCUUGUUUGACCUCAACGACACGUGCAAGCUCAGAGGCACUGAAAGGAAUAUAUGCAACAGCUGAAACCGAAGUGGCUCGUUGCUGCUUUUGCUGUGUACCUGACGGAGAUGUUGAUGCUGAAGAGCAUGUUGAAAAAAGGGGAGGCCAGACUGUGGUUUAUGAUGAGAAGAAGGGCACAGUGUACAGUUAUGCCUACUUCCACUUCGUUUUCUUCCUGGCUUCUCUCUAUGUGAUGAUGACAGUAACCCAUUGGUUCCAGUAAGUGUAUUUCUUUCAUGCAUUUUUUUAAUGCUGAUAAAUGAACAUCUCUCUGUGUUGAGAGGGAAGAUGCGAACAGGAAAUUCUGCUGUUUGGGUGUUUCCUGUCCUUAUGGUAGAUGUUUGAAGAGACAUUACAAAUCUUUCUUGGGCUUUCUUGAGCAAGAUCUCGCUCUAUAAAGGGUUGCUCUCCCUUGCUUCCUGUAAUGGGUUAACCUAGUUAAAGUCUUUUAUGUCAGGUUUUGUUUUUUUUUUUUUUUUCCUUAACAGUUACGAAAGUGCUCAGAUUGAAAAAUUCUUCACUGGAACCUGGUCUAUCUUCUGGAUUAAGAUGGUCUCCUGUUGGGUUUGUGUCUGUCUAUACUUAUGGACUCUUGUUGCUCCACUCUGUUGCCCAACCAGAGAGUUCUCAGUGUGAACAGUUAAAAGGUCAUUUUAAGUAAUUUUAAGUUUCUUCUUCUCCCCUUUUUUUUUUAAGUGGAAUGAGGAAACACCUAUUACCCACUUACCAUAAUGUACCAGUUGUUACCUUUUUAGUCAGACUAAAGAAAUUAUGGAAGACUUUUUUUAUACCAUUUUUUAUUAUCAUGAACAAGCAUUGCCUAAGGGAACAAAUCUGUU